UUUUGUUAUAGGGUUAAGGGUUAAAGGAAAAAAAGAUCUGGCAACAAUGCCUGAGGCGUGCGCGUCCGUCGUCGUUCGUCGUUCUUUCGACUUUCCGUCCCCGUUCGGUUGUACCACGCCACCACGGCCAUUUCUAUUUUCUUCGUUUCCUCAAUUACAAUUUUUAAUUUAAGUGCAAUAAUCGCAUUAUUCGCAUUCACGCUAAGUAUCCAUAAUCUCCAGUAUAUUCAUUGAAAAAUUCAAGUGAAAAGCCCUGUACUCUUUCUUUCACUGGUUACGGACAGGAAUUUUGCCUGGCUGGGCUGGCGUCACUUUCUCUGUCCGCCAUUAUUGUCGUAGCUAGCUGAGCGUCAUUGUGCAUUUUCAUUUUUUGUUCAACGGGAGUCGGGAGUGAGUGGAGUGUUUUGUUUUUUUUGACUCCUAGAUCAACAACAAGGUAAUAACAAUGCAACAAAACCACAAAAAAAUAUAUUCGAAAAAUUGUUUAAAAAGAAAUGCAUAUCGUAAAGUUGCCAGAGAUGUUGGCGAUUCCAUGUCUUUUAUAGAUUCUUCAUUGGAAAACACACUAUUCUUAUCCAUAUCUUCACCAAGUCAUCAAAAUGCUGCAAUAUCUGCGCCUUUAUUAGCAAUAGAAAAUAAAGUAGAAAAUGCAGAGUCAAUAUGUCAUAUUUCCAGUGAAUCUGAGAGUAAAUCUGAAAAUGAAUGUAACGAUGAGAAUUUUCUAUCUAACAAUAAUUGUUAUGAUGAGAAUGAAGUAAUUUCAGAAAAUUCCGAGGGGAAUUCUAGUAUGUUUUCAGUCACUACAACAAAGGAGGCAGAAAAAGUAAACAAACUAACCACCAUUUCCAAUGAAAAAAAAUUGAGUUUUCAUAGCCAAUUAGGUCGCUGGGCAACUGAAGAAAAUAUUUCCCUAGCUUCUCUUGGAAAAUUAUUAAAGAUUUUGCGAUUAAGUUCGAGUGAAGAUUUAAAACACCUUCCAGUUGAUCCCCGAACUCUACUGGGCACGCAAAAAAACACGAAUUGUAAAAAACUUGGUUCAGGAAGUUAUUUUUAUUUCGGAAUUGAAAAUGCAAUAAAUGAUUUAUUUAUUAAAUUCAACAUUAAUCCCACUGAUACCAGUGUAAUUGAAAUUGCUGUUAAUAUUGAUGGAUUACCCCUCUAUAAAAGUACUGGAGAAUCCUUUUGGCCCAUAUUAUGUUUAGUUAAAUCUGUUGACGUACUUGAUAAAGUAGUUUUCUUGGUGGCACUUUUUCAGGGUCCUCAAAAACCCCCAGCAAAUGAUUUGAUAUUUGAUUUUGUGUCAGAGAGUUCAAGUUUAGUGAACAAUGGCAUUAAAAUAGGAUCUUUUGUUGUCCCAUUUCGAGUACAAAUGCUUAUUUGUGAUAUGCCUGCAAAAUCCUAUGUUUUGGCGGUUAAAGGCCACAGCGGGUAUUUUUCGUGCACGAAAUGUUGCACUGAAGGAACUAUUUAUGAUGGUGUUGUCUGUUUUAACGAAACUCAAUACCAGAAACGUACUGAUGCUGAUUUUAGAUCUAAAAAGCAAGAGGAACAUCAUGUAGGAUAUACAUUAUUAGAAAAUAUUCCCAAAUUUGACCUAAUUGAGGACGUCCCUCUCGAUUAUAUGCAUUGCAUUCUUUUGGGAGUCACAAAAAGAAUAUUUUGUCAGAAGAAAUAUGGGCUAAUAUUUGGAAAGCCACCUUUCAAGUUGCCCGCUCGAAAAGUAUUAUUAUUAAAUAAAAAUUUAAAAUACCUGAAAAAGUUCAUACCUUUUGAAUUUUCUCGUAGAAAAACUCGAAAUAUAACUGAAGUCAAGCGAUAUAAGGCUACAGAAUUUCGUUUACUUUUAUUGUAUACCGGAGCAAUUGUAUUAAAAAAUGUUGUCUCCAAAAAAAUUUACUCUUUAUUUUUAAUGCUAGCCAUGGCUACUUUAAUUUUAGUUAGCAAUGAACUUGCCACAAGAAAAGACUUUGUUGAAUUUGCAGCAUCUUUGCUUGAACAUUUUAUUAUGAAUUGUGAAAAAGUUUACGGCUUGGGUUUCUUAUCUUUGAAUGUACAUAGUCUUCUGCAUAUAACUGAUUUUGUUUCUCGUUUUGGAAAUCUUGACAAAUUCAGCUCUUUUCCGUUUGAAAACUACAUGCAACAACUGAAAAAGAAAAUUCGCAAGACAUCACAGCCAAUACAACAAGUGAUUAAAAGAAUUUCUGAAGAAAAUUUUUUUUUUAAUCCAGUUGUUAUCGAAUCUUUGAGUAAUAAAUUUUCUAUAGAGCAUAGCAGUGGACCGUUACUACCUGGUUUGACUAGUCCGCAGUAUGAAAAAUUUUCAGCAAAACAUUUUCUAAUCAACGUCAACAAAUUUGGUGAUAGAUUUGCACAGCUACAUGACGAUUCAAUUAUAGAAAUUAAAAACUUUGCGACAAAUGCAAACUCUGCAGUUCAUGUAAUUGGUUUUCUGUAUAAACCUGAUAAUGAUUUUUUUUCUAAACCCUUUCCAUCUUCAUUUGUCAACAUUUUUUGCAUAAAAAAAAGAAGUGAGUUGAGAUCCUGGGACAUAAGCGCUAUUAAAAAAAAAGUUAUAAUCCUACCAUUUGAAAAAAAGUUGGUGUGUUUUCCAAUGUCACAUCUGUAAGUUACUAUUACUAUGUAUCUAAUAGAUUAUCUAUAGUAUAAUCAUUUGAUUAACUGUUUCGAAACUCUUCAUAAAUAACUGCAAAAUGUGGUACGUCGUUGUAUUUACACAAGAGAAUACUGUAUCAGUUGUACCAGCCUCUUGGUAUGUAGAACUGAGUGGAGAAUGCUUUUGGCCCCCUUCAAAAAUAAAGAGGAAUACCCUCGAAAAGUUGAUCAAACGCAAAGAACUCCCAGAGAAUGACUGGAAGGCUUUUAAGGCAAAAAUUUUAACCAAAUGUGAGGAUUACAAACAAGCUUUAUCUAAGGUCCAUAAGGCAUAUGAGAAGGAUAAAUUGUCAACAACCGAUGAAAAUGAAAAUGUUGGAAAGGGAAAGCGAAAAAGAAAACCACAUACCUACAGGAACUUUCAUUAUAGUUCGUCUGAAGCUGAUGAAAGCGGUUCUUCAGAUAAUUCUCUGUCAUUCCCAGAAUUUGGUGCUAGCACCCCAGGACCGAGUGGACUUUCUCAAGCACAAGAUGAUAACGAUACAAGUUACGAAGAAGACACUUCUCGAAAGCAGUUAAGCAUUGGCAGCAGGUCUUCACAACAAAACCGGUUGAAUGCAACUCCUAAUUUAAUUUUUAGAACCUCCCAGAUACAAAAUUGUUCAGAGCGAAGAACAGAUGAAGAAAGAAGUUCUUCUGGAUCACAACUGAAAAAUUUCCUGAAUCGGCCAACCAGAACCUCUGAACCUAAUGAUGUACUUCCUGAAAGAAAUUUGAAGUUUCAUCAAGAUAAUUUGUCCGUGCCAGAAACACAAAAACAUGGAGAAUCUGCUACAGUAGAUAAUUCUGCUGAUAAAAUUUUGAAAGUAUUAAAACAAAUGCACGCUAAUUCAUCAGAAUUCAGGGUGCAAGUUUUAAGGAAACUAAAAAUACUAAAUUUGAAGAUAAAUGAACUCGGAACAUCAAUUGAAAAAUUGGAAAGUGGUGAUAACAUCAACCAGUUAGAUCAAAAUUUGGAUAAUGAAUUUAUUGAUCUAUUUCCCUUGGACAUUGAAAAACUUAAUAGCCUUGAAAAUCGUUUGAAUAACGAAAUUGAAAUGAAGAAAAUGAUAAAGUAUUUAAGUCGAGUUGGAGGCAGUGAUGUACCUGAAAUUGUAAAACGAUUGAUGUAUAAAUUGUUAACAAAUGAAGUUGGAAAUUUAUUCAGUUGGGAUGGAGCCAAAGGAAAGAGAAAAUUCAAAUGUUUAAAGUUAGCCAAUGUCAUUUUAGGUAUGCCAAUGUAUACUGUGCGAGCUAACAAUCACACUAAAAAUGCCACAGAAGCCGAUAUUAUUGUCUACAUAAAAAAAUGGUUGGUGCGAUCAAAGGAUCGCAUGCAUCUGGAAGAUAAGCGAAGAAGACGGAAUGAAAAUCAGGAAGAAGAGGACGGAAAUCAGGAAGAAGAGGACGGAAAUGAUACUAUGUAAAUUCGCAUAGCAUAAAUCUUUAGUUUAUUAUUAUACAUCAAAUUCUAAAGUUCAUUAUUAUGUAAUUGGGUUUUUUUAUAAUAUUGAUAAUGAUUAUUUUGCUUACUCUGUCCAGUUGCUGGAAGACAAAUUAGCAUGGAUGCAAUUCGAGCCAGAAAAAUCAUGAAUUCAGGUAGUGCCUGAAUUGCAUGAAUGCAGAUUUGUCAGAAAGUAAACCGAACAUUGUUUUUCUCAUGAAUGAAUCUUUCUUUUGUAAAAUGUAAAAAAAACAAAUAAAUGGUCUCAAAAAAAUGUUCGUUAUAAUUUCUUCCUCUCAUGACGUUUUUUACAAGUAAGUAUGUAUCUGAGAAAGGGACUAUCAAAUGCCUGAUAAUUUUAAGACCAUUUUUUUUUCAGUUGCGCUGGCUGGUAAGAAGUACAGGUAAGAAAGCAACGUGCUUUUGAUUGUCAUAAAAUUAUCCCGAGCAUGUAAUGUCCUAGGGAUAAUAUAUCUGACAACGACCAAAGCGGAGGUUUCCUGGGACUGUCGGUCAGCGGAAUUCGGUUCAGAUAGAAUGUGUAUGACUAAAUUACAGUUUAAUUUGUUCCAUACGCAUUCUAUCUGAACCAAAAUCCGCCACGGACAGUCAUGGGAAGCCGCAGCUAAAAAAAACGAAUUCACGAAAAGAAUAUUCAUUGCAGAAACGCGUUUAAUAUAUAAUGGAGGUAUAAUGUAUAUAAAAGACAUAAGGCGAAUAUCCAUCAAAUCUAGGCUAGUAUAUGCCCCCAAUAUACACGAAUAUCCAGGAUAUGCGAUGUAUAUACCUUAUGUACAUACUAUGUAUAAUGUAUUUUGUGACAAAUAUAUAUCCGUAAAACAUGAAAUGAAUAUACUUGACAUUAAAAAUGGAGAUUCUGUGU